UCAAAAAAAAAAACAAAACUCACUUAUUAUGAAACAGUACUUUCUGUUGGGUUCUGCCUGGUUUAUAGCAAGUAUUUUUGUUUAUCUUUAUCAGUAAAUGUUUCCAUGGUGUACAAUGCUUCAACAGAGAAUCUUUCUCCAAAAAAAGGUCCAAUUCCAGUAAUAAGCAACAUAGUGUCAUUUGCAGAUGCUCAACUUGACCUGCCCAUUGUGAACACUGAUUUCUUCCAAGGUACAGUUUCUUCAGUAACUACAAAUGUCAGUAUAGAUAGCUUACCAGGUGAAUCCGGUAGUGGUGUUGUUAAUAUUGUAGAACAGGCAAGCCUCUUGCCCUUUUCAUCCAUGAUCAGUCAGGAUGCUGCUGCUCCCAGUGUGGAAGUACAGAGCCGUGUUGUGUCAAACCAGGAUCCUACAUACAGUAUGGAAUCUAUGAAAGUAAAUGAUGGACUGUGUCACCCAAAAUUUACAUCCAGAAUACAAAAAAAUAAAGAUAAAUCACAGAAUGUUAGAAAAUCUUGGCAUUCAAAUUUCCAGCAUUUGGAUAACAGUGCUAAGAAAGAUGUAACAUUCUGCUAUUCUUGCCAGUUGUUCUACCAGAAAAGUUUUACCUAUAGGGGAGAAUCAUUUGCAAACCAAGAAACUCCUAAUUAGAAAAAAAUUAUGGAAAAUUUCAGAAAGCAUGAAAAAAGUGACAUGCAUUUAAGGUCAUUGCAGUUUUGGAGGCAAUACCAGUUUUGUGAUGAAGCUGUUCAUAAUAAUGUGUCCCUCCAUUCAAAACAGAUUGAGGCAAAUAGAAAGUACCUAAAACUUAUCAUUGAAAAAUUUCUUGGAAAACAGUGUUUACUCUUAGAAGGAAAUGGUCAGUCUAUUUCAUCUGUGAAUAAAGGCAAUUUUUUAGAAUUGUUAGAGAUUAGAGCAAAAGAUAAAGGAGAAGUGUUUCAACUUUUGAGUUCACAAGUUGAUUUCUAUUUCUAUGAUAGUACACAAAUCCAAAGUGAUAUUAUUGACACUAUCAAAGCCGAAAUAUUGCAGGAUAUUGUGAAUGAGAUCAAUGAAGCCUCAGCUUUUUCAAUAAUAUGUGAGGAGACAUCCAACAGUGCCAUUAAAGGACAGUUUUCCGAGUGUGUGAGAUACCCACAGAAAACACCAAAGACUGUCUUAAUUAAAGAAAGGUUCCUGUAUUUUGUUGAUAUUGAGGAGAUGACUGGGAUUCAUGUGCGCAGGAGUAUCAAAAAUUACCUGCAGCAAAUUGGAGUUGAUUUUAAUAAAAUAUGUGGCCAAGCCUAUGAGAGUGCCACAAAUUCGAGGGUAAAAUUUAAUAAAUUUGCAGGAGAAUUCAAGAAGGAAGAGCCAAGAGCUUUGUAUAUACAUUGUUACGCACAUUUUUUUGAAUUAACAGUAAUUAGAUUUUGUAAAGAAGUAAAAGUCCGGCAAGCUCUGAAUGCACUCAGUUCUUUGUUCAACACUAUUCAUAUGUCUGGAGAAAUGUUGGCACAUUUUCAAAACAUUUGUAAGGUAAAUCAAAACAAAACAUGUAAAAAACACACAUCACAGUCAUGUUGGACAGUUCAUGAUCAUGUGUUACUGUCUGUGAUUGGCAAUCUUCCAGGGAUUAUUGAAACAUUGCAAUUUGUGUCAGGCGGGUCCUCAAGCACAGCUGUGGCUGAUAAAGAGUUGUUGACAUUGGUUUCCAAGUUUGAAUUUAUCUUUUGUUUGAAAUUUCUUUAUUGAGUGCUCGGUGUUACAGGAAUUCUUUCCAGAGAGCUUCAAAGUCAAAUCAUAGAUAUUUUUUCUUCAAAAAUAGAAGCAAUUUUGGAAUGUUUAUCUUCUGAAAGAAACUAUGUAUAUUUCAAAACUAUAUGGGAUGAAGCAGAAGAAAUAUGUAAAAAAAUAACCAGUAAAGGUUUUUAAACUAUCUCGGUUAAGUGACCUAACCUAAGCUACUCCAUUCUGUCAGAGAACACCCAUUUCAGGUGUGUUCCCUUCCCUUGUUUGAAAUACCCAGAAGGGAGAGGCUACGUGAGUUUCAAGAAAUGGCCUAACCCGCAAAACUAUAAGAUAUUCCAUAAGUUCUAACCUAGACCCACACCUGGAUAACUGCUUAUCUUGCUUCUGUGAAGUUGCUUGGCUUGCUCAAACCCAUGCCCGAGUGAUAACCGAAUGUAGAAUGGAAAAUUCAGUUUGCUGUGUUUUAAUUUUUUGCUGUGCUGCAUAAACCUGAUUGGCCCACGGAUGUCCUGUUCAAACCAUGUCUUCUGUAAUCCUAUAAAAGCUCUGGUGUUCAGGGCUGCCUCUAACCCCGAA